AUGCCGAUAUGCAUCACAUGCAGCACUCCUGUCAAGAACCUGUACACUGUCUACAGCAAAGCCGAUGACAGGACGCUUGGUAAAGGCGUCCGUCUCACCCAAUGUCCCAAUUGCAAACACUUUGCCGACAAGUAUGUCGAGCACGACUUUGUGGUCCUUUUCAUCGACCUGGUCUUGAUCAAGCCCCAAGUCUACCGUCAUCUAUUGUUCAACCGACUUGGUCGUUCCGACGAUAAAUUUGACCCCAGCAUUUUGCGGCUGGGAGUUUUACUCGUUCUGUUUGAUGUCUAUAUCACUUGGGCGAGGAUAGAGAGAUCAAGUGCUGCAGCAGGCGGUACCGACGGCGGCUUCAGGCUUGCCGAAAUGCCCAUACUUACUCAAUAUCUUUUCUUCCUUACGAUGAAUGUUCUGGCUACGAUUGCCCAACACGGAACAAUCCGAAUGCUAGUACGCCACCUUCUGGCUCAUACACAGAAGCAGGAAGGCAGCAACGACACCAAAUCGCCGGUCUCAGCUUCGAUCGCGGACCUUACACUAGGCCCACCUGCUGGAACGGUAAAUUAUGCUAGUCCAAGUGCAAUCAGCACAGCAUUGCUGGUGUCAAGUUGCACCAAACUGUUCCCUAUUUUACUCGUCAUUUGGCCUACCGAAGCAAAGGAAGGCGAUUCGUUCGGGUUCGCAUUCCGGGCGACAAACUAUGUCGGCUGGGCCGUUCUUCUAAACAAUAUCGAGGCGUUGUUGGUCUUGCUCAACUGUGGCUACAUCGUUGCAACUGGCCUUGCGGUCUCUGGUGUCCUGGCCCGAUGGGUUGUGGAAGGUUGGGUGUUGAGCCUGUUGGGCUUGGGCAGGGAGACUGGGCCAGUGGGCGACCUCCUAGCAGCCUGCAAACUGAUCCGAGGUUGGCUUACGCAGAUAUGA